GUGUACAAGGUGGAGACCAUCGGCGACUGCUACGUGGUGGCGGGGGGCCUCGUGGACGAGCUUCACGCGGUGCGGGUGAUGGAGUUCGCCAAGGCCAUGCUCCGCGUCAGUCGUGAGGUGGUUCUUCCCACCACCGGGGCGCCCGUGCAGCUGCGUCUGGGCCUGCACAGCGGCCCCGCCAUGAGCGGCGUGGUGGGCUCCAAGAUGCCCCGCUUCACUGUGUUCGGGGAGACUGUGGAGGCGGCUCACAAGAUGGAGGCCAGCGGGGUGCCGGGCAGGAUACACGUCAGCGGAGCCACCCGGGGGCUUCUGAAGAGCGAGGCCUGGGAGGCGACGGAGGGCGUGCAGGCAAGGAGGGAGCCGUAA